ACGUGCCGGACAAACCCACCAAGACAAGAGGUGCCCACUGCCCAGUGAUCCAUGCCGAGCGAUGUGAUCAGAAGCCAGAGCCUCGUUGUCGUCCCGAAAAGCCUAACGAAAUUUCCAAAUUGCCCAUCAAAAUUUUCUGAAAAAGCUCUGCAAUCUCUGCAUGCGUAGGUGAAAUGAGGUGACUCAGGUGAGAGACUGCCUAGAGAGAUGGCUCCCAGCCUUGCAAUAUUUACUCUGCCGCAUUAUCUCUGCUCCGCCACCAACAAUUACUGCAAGCAGCAGCAGCUGCUUCGACUGUCGCCGUCUUCGCUGGGCCCAGCGGCUUUGCUCGCCGGCUCCUCCACCACAAGCCUCCGAGCCGUUUCUCCAUCUCAUCAUGCCUCCUAUGGCCAAACGUCUGAAUUGCCUGAUACAACUUGGGAUAACCUUGGAUUCGACAAACCCAUGUCAGCUGAUUACAUGUUUAUCAUGAAGAGUUCCGAAGAUGGAAGCUUUUCAGAUGGGGGGUUACAACGUUUUGGGAAAAUCGAAUUGAACCCAGCAGCCUGUGUCUUGAACUAUGGCCAGGGAAUAAUUGAAGAAUUGAAAGCCUACAAGAAGCCAGACAAUUCUAUAUUACUAUGUCGCCCAGAGGAACAUGGGUUGCGGAUGAGAGUGGGUGCAGAGCGCCUGCUUAUGCCUGCACCAACCGUUGAGCAGUUUGUGGAAGCUGUCAAAGUUACUGUAUUGGAAAAUAGACGUUGGGUUCCCCCACCAAAUAAAGGCUUUCUACAUAUUCGACCGCUACUUAUUGGGAGCGGACCCGUUCUUAGUCUUACACCAGCUCCAGAAUUCAUCUUUCUGAUUUUGGUGACCCCAAUUGGGGACUAUUCUAGGGGAGGCUUAGAACUGAUCAAUUUGGUGGCUGAAAACGAAAUCCAUCGUGCAGUUCGUGGUGGAGCUGGAAGUGUAAAGGCCAUAGGAAAUUAUGCUGCUAUUUUGAAGGCACAUAUGGAAGCUAAAGCAAAUGGUUUCUCUGAUGUUUUGUUCCUCGAUUCUGUUCACCGAAGAUAUGUUGAAGAGACUUCUACUGCUAACAUUUUUCUCGUGAAGGAUAAGAUUAUCUCCACUCCAGCAUUGGGAGAAGGGACAGUUUUGCCUGGCGUUACACGUAAAUGUGUAAUUGAAAUUGCUCGCAGCCAAGGGUAUCAGGUUGAGGAACGCCUUGUGUCGGUUGAGGAAUUAUUUGAAGCUGAUGAAGUCUUCUGUACUGGAAAUGCUGUCCAUUUAUCACGUGUGGGCAGCAUAACUUACCUGGGCAAAAAGGUGCCUUACUGUGAAUCUGGACCUGCUGUCGUGUCUCAGCAACUGCACCGGGCGCUGUUAAAUAUACAAAUGGGUCAUACAGAAGACAAGUUGGGUUGGACAGUGACCUUGAAGUAGGAAGGAUUGAUCACGGAUGUUAAACAAAACUUCCAGUUGUGAGCAUUAACAGCUCUGUAGAACGAAUAAACACUGUUGUAGUCUAAAUGUAAGCCAACUCCAUAUACGUCCUACAAAGUUGGACCACAGUUUGAAGUCUAUUUAGCCCUUUUCAACUUUCA